AUAUAUAUAAACAAUAUAUUUUCAGAAAUGUAUUGUUAGUGUCUCCUUUAAUGAUAAAAGUUUCGGAGAUAGUGAUCGUGCAUAAAUUGUUGUGAAGCGAAAGAUUAUACAGUCUCCGUUAAAUUGAAUAUGUGGUAAAGCUAUUGUCAUUAAUAUAGAUACGAAUAUAUUAAAUAUAUAAACAUAAGGAACUGGGUGUUAAAAUGGAUCCCAGUGAGGUAAAAUACAAUCCCAACCCAAGGGAAAAUGCGAAUAUAUUUUCAAUUUUAUUUUUUGGAUACACAAUCCCAACAUUUAGGACAGGAAUGACAAAAGUUAUCGAUGUAGAUGACGUAUAUAAUACUCUUGAAGGUGAUAAAAGUGAUUAUCUAGGAAACAGAUUGGAGAAACAUUGGAAUACAGAAACAGAAUUAGUUAAUAAACGAGCAAAGAAGAAACCAAGUUUAUUAAAAGCUAUCGUGAAGACAUUUUGGGUAGAAUACGCUUUCUUAGGUUUAAUAACCGCAUGCAAUGACCUGGUUAUAAGAACUUUUCAACCAUAUAUGUUAGGAGGAAUAUUAGAUUACUAUGCACCUGGAUCCACAAAAUCGAAAUUCGAAGCUUACAUAUAUGGCGUUGGUAUGGUGACGUUUACUUUUAUGGGAUCUCUGAUUAUGAAUCAAUAUGUCACAAAUGCAGCCCAUAUUGGGAUGAAAAUGCGAGCAGCAGCUUGUGCGGUGGUUUACAGAAAGGCUACAAGACUGAGUAGAACUGCUCUAGGAGACACCCCUGGAGGAAAAGUAGUCAACCUUUUAUCCAACGAUGUGGCAAGAUUUGAAAUGGCCUCUAUAAUGAUUCAUCAAAUGUGGAUUGGACCUAUUUCUGGAAUAAUUGUGAUGUUCAUGUUAUAUCAACGAUCGGGAUUGUCAGGGGUUGCUGGAAUCUUAGUGAUUGUCCUCAUGGCACCACUGCAAGCUUAUUCUGGUAAACUAGCUUCCAAGUACAGAAAAAUGACAGCUCUAAAGACAGACGAGAGAAUAAGGUUAAUGGACGAAGUUGUUCUUGGAAUACAAGUUAUCAAAAUGUAUGCGUGGGAGAUACCGUUCCAAAAAGUUGUUGGGUUGGCAAGAAGUGCUGAAAUCAAAAUAGUUAAGAAAAAUGCUUACAUUAGAGCUCUUUUUAUGACUCUUGGUAUGGUUACAACACGACUAGCUCUAUUUGCAACACUAUUAACAAUUAGUUUAUCUGGAGAGCAGAUAAGUGCAGCUAAGGUAUUCGUAUUAAUGUCAUAUUUUAACCUCUUGUCUUCAACGCUUAGUGGAAUUUUCGUCAGAGGAAUUACAGAGUUAGCUGAGUUACACACAUCAAUAAAACGUUUACAGGAAUUUUUAGAAAAUGAUGAAUACAAAUACCAACAACAAAAUAAAAUUAUAAGCCAAAAAAAUGAGAAUUCGAAGUCUGCUAUAAAUGUUGAGAACCUAACCGCGAGAUGGAAUUCUUCAAGCAGUGAUUGUACACUGUAUGAUAUUAAUUUAGAGGUGGGCACAGGAAAACUUAUAGCUGUUAUUGGACCAGUUGGAGCUGGGAAGAGUUCAUUACUACAAGCUUUAUUGGGAGAACUGGAUAUAGUACAAGGUUCUAUAACCUCCAAUGGAGAUUAUUCGUAUGCAUCUCAAGAGCCCUGGAUUUUCUCGGCCACCAUUAGACAAAACAUCCUGUUUGGAGCUGACUUCGACAGAAAGAGGUACAAAGAAGUAAUUCGAGUAUGUGCCUUAGAACAGGACUUACACCAAUUUCCACAAGGAGAUUUUACCGUUGUUGGUGACAAAGGUGCUUCAUUGAGUGGAGGACAAAAGGCCAGGAUCAACUUGGCUAGAGCUGUUUAUAGAAAUAAAGAUGUAUAUUUGCUAGACGAUCCAUUGUCUGCUGUAGAUAUCCAUGUGUCAAAAGUGUUGUAUGAAAAAUGUAUUAAUGGAUUUUUAAAAAAUAAAACAAGGAUUCUGGUAACACAUCAAGUGCAUUAUUUAAAAAAUGCCGAUAAGAUCAUUAUUUUAAAUAACGGAAAAAUUGAAAAUGAAGGAACCUUUAACGAACUAGUGAAAAGUGAUAAUGCAUAUGCGAAACUGCUUACUGCUGAACCAGAAUUAAGUGAGGAAGAGAAAGCUAAAGAAUUCGAAUUAGUUAGACAAAUUUCAAGGGUGUCUAAAAGGAGUCGAAAAUCCUCUCUUGCCAGUGUAGUAAGCUCCAAAAGUUUUGUUGAAAGUAUGUUAGAAGAAGAGGAUGGUGACGACGACAGUUACGAUGAAUACGAAGAUAAAAAACCAGAAAUGAAAGAUUUACAAGAGGAAUCUUCUAAAGGAAAGGUUUUCGGUUCUCUUCUGAUUCAAUACUUUAGGAAAGGAGCAAACUUCUGCAAUGUUGUGAUGAUGUUAAGUCUCUACGUUUUGGUCCAAGUUAGUGGAAGUCUAGUCGAUUAUUUUGUGAGCUUUUGGACCAGUAUAGAAGAUGCACGCGCUGCUCAAAUUUUGGAGGCGAGUACACUCGAUAAUCUGAAUUUUACUGGAGCCACAGAUGUACCAAGUACUCUUUCCGAUUACUUCACUGAUGGUACUAGCACAGUUAGACCAAAACCCGUUUGGGAAUCAGUUUUGGACUACGCAAAUUGGAGCAGUGAAACGUGCCUUUAUAUCUACGGAUCACUUAUUCUUGUGGUAGUACUUCUAACACUUGCAAGAUCAUUUUCAUUUUAUUCUCUGGUGAUGUCGUGUUCCAGAAACUUACAUAAAUACCUGUUUCAAGGGAUCAUUUACGCUAAAAUGCGAUUCUUUGAUACGAAUCCAAGUGGAAGAAUUCUUAACAGAUUUGCUAAAGAUAUUGGCCUUAUUGACGAAGCUAUACCAAGGGUUCUGUUAGAUGGUGGAUCGAUGCUGCUUCAAAUGGUUGGCUCUUUGGUACUUGUAGCUGUCGCUAAUCCGUAUGCUAUAAUUAUGGCAGCUAUUCUUGCAGUUUUGACAGGGUUGGUAAGAAAAAUGUAUUUAUCUACAUCCAAAAAUAUCAGAAGAGUUGAGGGAAUACUAAGAAGUCCAAUAUAUACACACCUUAAUUCAACUCUGCAAGGAUUACCAACAAUCAGAGCACUUAGGACCGAGAAGACUUUGCAAAGAGAAUUCGACAAACUUCAAGAUUACCACAUAAGUGUAUCAUUUAUGUCCAUUGCUUGUGGUUCGGCCUUUGGAUUCACUUUGGACAUGUUUUCAUGCAUCUUCAUUACUGUACUGAUCUUUAGUAUUCUUACAUUUGACGAAGCUAUGGGUAUCACUGGUGGUGCCGUUGGUUUGGCAAUAUCCCAAGCUUCCUCUCUAACGGGUAUGAUCCAAUUCGCCAUGAGAAUUACAGCAAACAUUUCGAAUCAGUUAUUAUCUGUGGAGAGAGUUCUAGAAUAUAAGCAACUUUCACCAGAACCUGAUCCAACAAAGCCGAAACCGUUACCGAAAAACUGGCCUCUUUCCGGAAAAAUUGAGUUUAAAUCAAUGAAACUAAAAUACUUUGAGGAUGGACCUACUAUUAUAAAGGAUUUAUCGCUACAGAUUAGGGACAAAGAAAAGGUAGGAAUAGUCGGUCGAACUGGUGCAGGCAAAUCAUCUUUGAUUGCUGCUCUAUUUAGAUUAGCAAAUAUUGAAGGAUCAAUUAUUAUUGAUGGUAUCGAUACAGGCGAAAUAACAUUAAAAGAUCUAAGAUCCAAAAUUUCAAUAAUUCCACAAGAUCCCGUGUUGUUCUCAGGCACCUUACGAUACAAUCUUGAUCCCUUUGAAGAAUACACCGAUGAACAACUCUACAGGGCUUUGAUGGAAGUAGAACUUAAAGAUGCAAAUAAUAUUAUUAAUAGACUUGAAAAUAGAGUGAUGGACAGGGGGUCGAAUUACAGUGUUGGACAAAGGCAACUGAUUUGUUUGGCAAGAGCGAUCAUAAGGAAUAACAGAAUUCUGAUGUUAGAUGAAGCCACGGCAAAUGUGGAUCCUCAGACUGAUGCACUCAUUCAAAAAACAAUACGAACUAAAUUCGCCGAUUGUACAGUCUUAACAAUAGCUCACCGGUUGAACACGAUCAUGGACUCUGACAGAGUGUUGGUUAUGGACCAAGGGACAGUGGCAGAAUUCGAUCACCCACAUAUGUUGCUUCAAAAUGAAGAUGGAAUAUUUACGAAUAUGGUUGAAGAAACCGGCAAAGCUGUUUCUGAUCAAUUAAAGAAGAUUGCUCGGGAUACAUAUGAGAAAAGGGUUCUGUAGGAGACUCGAUGUGAUAAUGUUAAUUUAUUAUUAUUUUUUUAUCUCAUAAUUUAUAAACUGUUUUAAUAUACUUUUUUUUAUAAUCUU